GGCUAGCUUAACUAAUGCAUGACGGCUUCGUCUCAGCUUCAGCUAAAGAGCAAACCGACAUCAGCUGAGUUUGCAUUAAGUACCGUCCUUGUUGCUAAAAUACCGGAGUUUAUCAUAACGUACAAUUCAAGAUCAGCAUUUUGCAAAGUUAUUUAUAGCUGUUAGACCAAUGAAAUAACUGUCAGCUGUCGUAACUACAGAAGCAAGACAGAGGGAAAGGAGAAAUAACACAUCAAACCCGGCUAACAAAGAGGUUCUUUUUUCAACGACAACAUUUUUCCUCCGUAUUCUAUAGUUAUGAGUCAUGUGGCCGUCGAAAAUGUCCACGGUCUAGAGCAGCAGCUCGCUGUCCUAGACUUGAGUGCGGCAGACGGACAAGGUGGAGGCCCCAACCGAAAUGCCUUUGCCGCUGGUCGACAGGGUGGCUACACCAUAGCGCCCCCAGCCAACUAUGGUUGGGAUGGAGGGCGCAACAACUUUGUUAAUGGCUACCAUGACAACCGCAUGGCUGGCGGUAACGUGUUCAACCGCGGCCCGCCUCGCAUGGAGCGGGGCAGAGGUGGUGUCGGAGGGGGUUAUCGCGGCAACAGGGGCGGAGCCUUCAACCCCAUUAACCCUCCACAGCCAAUGGCUUUUGGUUGCUACGAAAAUAAAGAUGCCGGCGGCUGGAACACUGCCAAAGACACUUAUGGCAGUUUUGGCAACAACCGAGGAAAGUCUGCGUUCUUCAAUGACCGAGGCAACGCUAACAGGGGGCGGUUUGAGCAUGGUGGAUUCGGUGGUGGUGGAGGAGGAGGAGGAGGAGGAGGAGGAGGAAACAACAGCCGCUGGGUGGAGGAGCCCAGAGAGGAGGGAGACUGGUCCAAACCAACGCCACGUAACGAGCGCCUUGAAAAUGAAUUGUUCUCUGCCAGUAACACUGGGAUCAACUUUGAGAAGUACGAUGACAUUCCUGUAGAGGCCACAGGACAGAACUGCCCUCACCACAUCGAGAGUUUCCAAGAUGUGGACAUGGGUGAGAUCGUCAUGAGUAACAUCGCUCUGAGUCGCUACACCAGACCGACCCCUGUCCAGAAAUAUGCCAUUCCUAUUGUCAAGUCUAAGCGAGACCUCAUGGCCUGCGCACAGACAGGUUCUGGGAAGACUGCAGCGUUCCUGCUGCCGAUUCUCAGCCAGAUUUACUGUGAAGGACCAGGAGAAGCCGUCAGCGCAGCCAAAGCAUCUGGACAGGAUAAUGGAAAGUAUGGGCGUCGCAAGCACUACCCCAUCUCUCUGAUAUUGGCUCCAACCAGAGAACUGGCACUGCAGAUAUACGAUGAAUCCAGGAAGUUCUCAUACCGCUCCAGAGUGCGUCCCUGUGUGGUGUACGGAGGGGCCGACAUCGGCCAGCAGAUGAGAGAUCUGGAGAGAGGAUGCCACCUGCUGGUGGCCACACCCGGGAGACUGGUGGACAUGAUGGAGCGAGGCAAGAUUGGACUGGACUACUGCAACUACCUGGUCUUGGAUGAGGCAGAUCGCAUGUUGGACAUGGGGUUCGAGCCACAGAUAAGACGCAUCGUGGAACAGGACACCAUGCCGCACAAAGGCAUCCGACAAACCAUGAUGUUCAGCGCAACCUUCCCCAAAGAGAUCCAGAUCCUUGCCCGGGAUUUCCUGGAGGAGUACAUCUUCCUGGCGGUGGGCAGAGUGGGUUCCACCUCGGAGAACAUCACUCAGAAAGUUGUGUGGGUCGAGGAGAGUGACAAGAGGUCCUUCCUCUUGGACCUGCUCAGUGCUACAGUCAUCCCCAGCGAGGUACAGGACGGUACUGGAGACACCAUAGAGAAACCUGGUAAAGACUCGUUGACUCUGGUGUUCGUGGAGACAAAGAAAGGCGCAGACGCCUUAGAGGACUUCCUGUAUCGGGAGGGCUACGCCUGCACCAGUAUCCACGGCGACCGCUCCCAGAGGGACCGAGAGGAGGCCCUGAGCCAGUUCAGAUCAGGGAAAUGCCCCAUCCUGGUGGCCACAGCGGUAGCAGCUCGCGGCCUGGACAUCUCCAAUGUUAAGCAUGUGAUCAACUUUGACCUUCCCAGUGACAUAGAGGAGUACGUCCACCGUAUUGGACGUACAGGCCGAGUCGGAAACCUGGGAUUGGCCACUUCGUUCUUCAACGAUAAAAAUGGGAACAUCACUAAAGACCUGCUGGACAUCCUGGUCGAGGCCAAACAGGAAGUUCCCUCAUGGCUGGAGAGCUUGGCCUAUGAACACCAGCACAAGAGCAGCAACAGGGGGCGCUCUAAGAGGUUCUCUGGUGGUUUUGGAGCCCGUGAUUAUCGUCAGACGGCCGCCGGAGGCCCCGCGGGAGGGUUCGGGGGACGUGGCGGUCGCAACCAGGCAGCGCAUGGAGGAACCCGCGGAUUCGGGGGAGGUGGUUUCGGUAACUUCUACACCAGCGACGGUUACGGAGGAAACUACUCCCACUCCCAAGUGGACUGGUGGGGCAACUAGGUUCCUCCUUCCUCCCUUUCCUCAGCCCUCUCUUCUCACUCACCCUCCUUCCUUUCCACACACUGUUGUCUGCGUCCCAUCCUCCUUCUCCCCCUCAUUAACCCUAGAACUCACAUGCAUGUUAUUGAACUAUUUAUACUCAUUUAUAUAGCCCUCUCCCCAUCCCCAAGCACUCGGAUCUUUUUAAUUCUAUUCCUUUUCUCGUUCUCUCCAUCUCCACCUUUUGUGUUUAUCCCCCCCCCCUCGAUUUUCUUCUUUUGAUUUCUUAGUUUCUGCUAAAUGUCACCUCUUACAAUAAGCCACAUUAUAAAGGGAUACUUUAGUUUAAUUUUAGUUGGUUACUUUUCAGCGCUAGCUAGCUUCCAGCUAGCAUCAUCCUUUUUGGUGUAAGGACAUUUUGAACAAGUUUCCCACAGUGGCCAGUGUUGAAGAAAAAUAACCAAUUGACUUAAAGUCCUAGUUGUUCCUUUUAGCCCCCUGAGGUUAGAUGGACAUUCGAUAUCUACAGCGAGAUAGUCCUACAACACAGCUGGAGAAGAGCAGGGGGAAAUCUGUUUUUCUUGUUUGGUUUUCCACUGAAGAUAUGAGUUUUGGCCUCAUUGUGUUUUUGUCUGCAUUCACCCAAAGCCAGCCAGGCGUCCGUGUACCCUCACAUGUCAUCUUUGUAUGUAACGCACGGCCAUGUUGUAAAUCGCCGGCCAAAAACUUUUCUAAAAUAGAGCGCAGAGGUAGGCGAGAUGUCGAAUCUGAGCAAAAUAUGUCUGCAUAUAAAUUCCAAAACAGGAUCUGGCUGAAGUCUCCUUCAUCCACAUGAUAGAUACUCAAAAGCAGCCGCAGAAACGAAAAUGUUUUAGUUUAGUAAAACCUUUUUUAAAAGCCAACAAAGUCUUGAUUUCCUGAGAUCUGAGAAGGAUGUCUAACAGAGACGAGGGAAGAAGGGGCUGGACAAACGGAGACACCCCGCCAGUGGGACGCCCAUUAGCAACGAUGCUAGCAAACAGUAUUUUCUUUGUUUGAAACGAAGUAUAAUGGAGGAUCAUUUGUUUCUGUACUGUGCCUUUGAGAAUUUGAACUUGUCUCUUAUUUCUGUUUUAAUUGCCAUAAUGGUAAGUGGCUACAAGUUUUGGCCAACUGUGACUAAAAGAAAUAUGUAUUUAAUGUCA